UUUGCGUAUGUUCCGUUAAUCGCCCAGACUCACCGGACUGGUAACUACUUUUCAGUUUAUGGUUAGCACCAACGAACGUUUUUUUCGGGACAAUUUUAUUCUAUCAACUGUCACUUUGAUUUGCUUUGGCGCGUUGACUUGAUUUGUAUACAAGAUUCUUGGGUUACCUCAAUUUUUAUUUUAAUAGAUAUAGCAAUGUUUUUUUUGGAACGAAUUACUCACCGAGAGUGAUAGUUCAAGUAGCGAAGAGGAAGAUGGGUUGCGAGCUCGAGGUAUCAUGGAUAAUGUUUUGAUGCCCCGACCUAGAGUCCGAAAUUUUAUGGAGGAAGUAGUGGAUUUUUACACAGACGUAGAAUUUCGAGAAAACUUCAGGAUGGACAGGGUCACUUUCAAUCACAUUUUGUCAUUGAUAAUUGACAGAAUAUCGACAAAUAUUAUAGAUAAAGGUCAACAUACUAUUACCCCAGGAGUUCAACUCUGCUCAGCUUUAUGGUAUUUCGGAACACCAGAUUCCUUUAGAUCCAUCUGUGGACGAUUCAACGUUGGCAAAGCCACUGCUUUGAGGACUGUAAGGCGAGUUGCAGAAGCUCUAUUAUAUAUAAGCCCAAAUUUUAUAUUAUGGCCCACGAAUGAUUAUCUUGAGGAAGUAAAAAACGGAUUUCAGCGAAUGGGAUUCCCUAACACAAUUGGUGCCAUAGAUGGGACACACAUAAAAAUACCGAAACCCAAAAACCAUGAGAAUUCAUAUGUCAACCGAAAAUCUUAUCCCAGUAUUAUAUUGCAGGCAGUCUGCGAUAAUACCCUGAAGUUAACCCACUGCUAUGCAGGGGAAGUCGGGGCACACCAUGAUGCUAGCGUCUUAAGGAGAAGUGAAAUUUGGAGUUUCAUGACAGAGGAUGGGAAAUUUCCGAAUGACACCCAUUUAAUUGGUGACAAGACUUAUCCCUGUUUUCCAGAAAUAAUGACUCCCUAUAAAGACAAUGGCCAUCUAACAAAUAGCCAAAAACAAUAUAAUUUUCUAUUAUCUAGAGCAAGAUGUACAAUAGAAAGGGCCUUUGGCUUAUAAAAAAGAUUCAGAUGUCUUAGUGAAUUAUUGGAUGUGCGUUCCUCUCAGUGGAGGCCUACAUAUAUUAUUGCAUGCUGUGUUCUGCACAAUAUAUGUAUUAUACAAAAUGAUGUGCAAGAUAUGAUUAUUGACAUUGAAAAUCAUGAAGAGGAAGAGGAUGUCCACAUACCUCAGCAAAUAGAAAGAGCAAGGCAACUUAUGGGAAGAGUCAAAAGAAAUAGGAUUUGUCAAGAACUCAGUGAAUGAUCUCAGAUCUCUUCCACAAUGGCUAAUGAUUUAGAAUAAAGGCAUUUCGAAAA